UCUACUGAAAAAGCUAAGAUAUUAAUAUGCAAGCCGUCUUGGGCGGAAUGAAACACCGACGAUUGGCAUCGUACAGGCAGUACUGUAAUUGCACAACUUGUGCGGGGUUACUACAGGGAAGCGUUCCUCGCUGUUCGUGUUAGUGCGAGUAGGAGGAUGAAUGAGAUGCAAGAUAAGGAGAAUCCCGGACCAGAGAACCGUGGACUGAACCACGGGGAUCCAGACAGAGUCUCCCCUUCGCAGAAAGGGGCCGGGAGGCUGCCUCUGUCCAGGAAACUCUGCUAUGCGAUCGGGGGAGCUCCGUAUCAGAUGACUGCCAACGCACUGGCCUUCUUCCUGCAGCUCUUUCUGCUGGAUGUGGUACAGAUGGAGGCAUUCUAUGUGUCCAUGAUUCUGUUCAUGGGCCGGGCCUGGGAUGCUGUCACAGACCCUGUUGUUGGAUACCUGGUGAGCAGAAGUGGGAUGACUAGAUAUGGCAAGCUGAUCCCCUGGAUGGUGCUGUCCAUGCCCUUUGCAGUCCUCAUGUACUUCAUGCUGUGGUUCACCCCCGCUGACACCAUGUCUCCUGCCUUCAGCUUCUCCUGGUACUUCAUCACCUACUGCCUCUUCCAGACCUUCAUGAGUUGCUACCAUGUGCCAUAUUCAGCUCUGAACAUGUUCCUGGGAGGAGAUCAGAGAGACAGAGACUCAGCCACAGCAUACAGGAUGGGGAUGGAGGUGUUUGGGACCCUGGCAGGAGCCACGAUCCAGGGCCAGAUCGUGGGAGUGUACCACGCCAAGACAGCACAGACCUGCGGCAUGCUGAACUCCACAGAGCUCAACAGCACCUCGCCACUCGCCGACACCCUCUCCAACACGAGAAGGGCCUAUGCGAUUGCAGCCGCAGUCCUGUGUGGGAUUCAGAUUGUCUGCUGUCUAGUCAUGUUCCUGGGAGUAAAAGAGCACCCAGCUCCCCUCAGCCCAUUGGGCAGAACGAAGAUGCCGUUCUUCUCCGGUCUGAGGUGUAUAGUAAAGCACACGCCGUACGUCAGACUUGUUUUCGGAUUCCUGUUCUCAUCACUGGCUUUUCAGCUGUCCCAGGGAAACCUUGCCUUGUUCUGCACUCAUGCGGCUGGAUUUGGGGCUUACCUUCAGCACCUCAUCCUUACAUUCCUGGUUACGGCCACUCUAUCGAUCCCCAUGUGGCAGUUUCUACUUGUUAAAUUUGGAAAGAAGACCACACUUUUUGUGGGCUUGUCUUGCUUUAUUCCAGCUCUCAUCUCCUUAGCUUCAUUCAAAAGCAGCCUGGCUCUGUUCUUCGCCAUGUCUGCGUUUGCUGGGAGUAGCUUGGCAGUUCUCUAUCUACUACCAUGGUCCAUGCUGCCUGACGUGGUGGAUGAUUUCAAAGUGAAGAACCCCACCUGCACUGACCUGGAGCCUUUGUUCUACUCCUUCUACGUCUUCUUCAAUAAAUUUGGUGGCGGGGUGUCCCUUGGAAUUUCAGCCAUGAGUUUAUAUUUCGCAGGUUACAAGCCGGGGGCCUGCUCACACAAGCCUGCAGUGAUCACCACUCUGAGGGUCCUGUUCGCUCCGGCCCCUGUGGUGCUGCUCCUGCUGGGCAUGCUCAUCUUCUACUUCUACCCCAUCAACGAGGAGCGGAGGAGAGAGAUCAAGAGAGAGCUGGACGAGAUACAAAGGCGAGAGAAGGAAACCAGGGAAGAUGUGAACAGUGCUUUCUAGUUGUGCUUCAUUAUAUGUGCUUUUACAAUCUGCUGCCAAAAGGAAACCAAGUCAGUGCUACUGUACUGCCAUGUGCACUCGGAGGACUUUCACACAGGUUGGAAUUGAAGGGUCAGUCAUUGUUAGUCCCCAAAUGUCAUGUUUCUGGACAGGAUUAUCACCAUUUAUGUUAUAUAUAGAAUAUAAACAGGCAUUCUAUUUUCCUACAAAACCAAAUACUGUUGCUUUAUAUUUGUACUUUCUAUAAUUGUUUUGGUUUAAUAAAACCGUUUGAUACACAGUGACCUUGUGGCAUAGUCACAGUGUAUUAUAGUAUGUCCUCUUGUCUCUUUUUUAAAACUGUUGUUGCGUGGUUCAGGUAUUUCAUAAUAAACUUUCACCACAGUGA